CCCUGAUUUAGGGUGUAUUUCAUCCAAUUGGUGUUUGUGAUGCUGCGUCUCGGUCGUUCCAUCACUCGCCUGCGGAGCAGCUUGUGCGCUGGGCAGGCGUACCUCUUCACCUCGGCUGCCAAGCCCUCUCAGACCUUCGUGACCACUCCUAUCUUCUACGUGAACGCGGCGCCUCAUAUCGGCCACGUGCACUCGGCCGUACUAGCCGAUGCGCUGUCUCGUUGGCACAGAGUUAAGGGCAGCUAUGUCCUCUUCACCACGGGCACCGACGAGCACGGACUCAAGGUGCAGGAGGCGGCAGAGAAGAGCGGCACGACGGACUACAAGGCCUUCUGUGACGAGGUGUCCGCCCGCUUUAACGAGAUUUUCCAGGAGGCCAACGUGGACUACUCGCGCUUCAUCCGCACAAGCGACAAGGACCAUCACGAGGCCGUGAACACUUUUUGGAGGACUAUUCGGGACAAUGGGCAUAUCUACUUAGGUGACCACGAGUCGUGGUACUGCAAGUCGGACGAGAGUUUCUUGACCGAGAUGCAGGUAGAGGACAAGGAGGACGCUAAUGGUAAUGUGGUUAAAGUGUCCAAGGAGAGUGGACACCCCGUUGAGAUGCUGCGUGAGGAGAACUACAAGUUUAGACUCUCCGCCUUCCAGGACCGGCUGCUCGAGUGGCUGGAUGCCAAUCCGGACGUGAUUGUGCCCAAAUCGAGGUACAAUGAAGUGCGUGCCGCGGUGACAGGAGGUUUAAGGGACUUGUCGGUGUCGCGAUUGAGUGAGAAGAUCAAAUGGGCGAUCAAAGUGCCGGAUGACGACAAACACUGUGUGUACGUGUGGUUGGACGCGUUAACGAACUAUCUGACGAGUGCUGGAUACCCAGGCGAUAUUGACCGCGCCUGGCCUGCUGCGUACCACAUUGUGGGUAAGGAUAUCCUCAAGUUCCACGCCAUCUACUGGCCAGCCUUCCUUAUGGCAGCUGGACUUCCGCUUCCGAAAAAGGUGGUGGCUCACGCACACUGGACUGUUGGGAACGUCAAAAUGUCAAAAAGUCUGGGCAACGUGGUGGAUCCGCACGAAAUGCUGUCGAAGUAUGGCUCAGACUUCGUUCGCUUUUUCCUGUUGCGUGAGGGCGUACUGACGAAUGACGGGGAUUUCAACGCUGAGACGCUGGAAGACCGAGCGAACAGCGAGCUCGCUGAUACGCUUGGUAAUCUGGUUUCUCGUAGCACGGGCAAGUCGGUACUCGUGAAGGGUAUUGUACCCAAGCGUCCUGAUUUUGAUCGCCUCACUCCUGAAGACAAGGAGCUUGUAGCGAAGGGACGAGCGCUUCGCGACAAGGUCGAAAAGCUGUUUGACACUCCCGAUUUCGCACGCGGCUUGGAAGAAAUUGUUUUCUUCCUUCACGACGUUAACCGGUAUUUCACGAUCAUGGAGCCGUGGGUUCUGUCCAAGACCCUGAAGAAAUCUGCCGACGUGACAUCCGAGGAAUAUAAAGCAACGAAAGAGCGUCUGGAUACAGUGCUGUAUCUGUCCAUUGAUGCAGCGCGCAUGAGUGCCAUCUUGUUGCAGCCAGUUGUACCAAUUGCCGCAGCCAAGAUCCUGGACUACUUUGCCGUGCUGGAAGACAAGCGUUCCUUUACUGAAGCAACGCUUCUCUCCGACGAUGACCACGUUAUGGGCGCUGUGCUCAGCAACUCGAAAUCAUUCGUUACGUUCCCCAAGGUGCUCAAGCAGCGUAGUUAGACUUCAAGCAGAACGUAGCCAUCUACAAUUUAGAAAUGUUUCUAAUCUAACACAUCAUUUUGGCGGGAAUACAA